UACUGGCUAUAUCAUCAUUAUCAUUAGUGCGUUUCCAACAUCAUGAAUAAGUAAAACAAAGUAUCUCAUCUCGGCCAACAAUUUAGUCUGGUUUAUAACCAGAAUUACAGAGCCAAUACAUAGUCUUACAGUUUCGUGAUUGUGUUGGAGGUGGCACCACUUGUUUCUUCAACCUACUUCAACCAUAGAUAUUCAUGUGAUCAUAGCCUCAAGUUUUAACGGAUGUUUGAUACUGUUAUUUAUUUGAAUUGAAUUGAAGAUCAGCUGAUUGGUGAAUGUGAUUUAUGUGGUUGAACGGAACGUGCUUAGACCGGUGUUUAUCAUUACAAGUAUUUUGAUCUGCUACAUUUGAAUUUUCAAAACCUAUUGUAGUUUGUAGUGAAUACUUUUAGCAUAGGAAAAUGUCAAACGAGCAGAAAACCAAACAAUCAAUUCAUAAUACCACGAGAAAAAUAGCUAAUGAAGUUGCUAGCAAUUUCAAUAUGGAAAUUGAUGCAGAUGCUUUGGAUAUCAUAGCCGAACUGACUUAUAAAAAAAUACAGCUUUAUGGACUGGAUUUAGAUGCUUUUCAGAAGCACGCAAAGAGAUCUACUAUAAAUGCUGAUGACGUGAAACUUCUGGUCAGACGAAAUGAAUCAUUGAAGCAGCUCGUGGAUUCCAAACUACAAACCAUAAAUUCUAUGAAACCCCCGGAAGCAGCUGGUCCAUCGAAAAGAAAAAGAAAGGGUACAGUGUGAAUGGUGAUCUUAAUUGUUAUUAUAAUGAAUAAAGUGCAUUGACAAUUAA